AUGGAUGUGCAGCAGCAAGGGACAGCAGUCCUUGGCCUCCAGCUGUGCAGGUCACAGCUCACAGGUGUGACCACUGGCCAGCGGCUGGUGACCAUCCAGCAGGGCCCCCUGUACCGCACGGAGGGCUCCCACAUCACCCUGUGGUGCAAGGUGAGCGGCUACCAGGGGCCAGCAGAGCAGAACUUCCAGUGGUCCAUCUACCUGCCGUCGGCCCCGGAGCGGGAGGUGCAGAUCGUCAGCACCGUGGACCCCUCGUUCCCCUACGCCAUCUACACGCAGCGCGUGCGCGGCCGCGGCAUCUUCGUGGAGCGGCUGCAGGGGGACGCCGUGCUGCUGCACAUCACCGAGCUGCAGGAGCGCGACGCCGGCCAGUACGAGUGCCACACGCCCAACACUGACCAGAGCUACCUGGGCACCUACAGCGCCAAGACCAACCUCUCAGUGAUUCCAGACACACUCUCGGCUUCCAUGGCACCCCAGGCCCUCACUCUCAUGGAAGGGGAUGCAGUGGAGCUGACCUGUGAGGUGUCCAAGUCCACUGCCCAGCACACCCAUCUCUCAGUGGGCUGGUACCUUCUCCAGGGAGCAGGAGAGCACCGUGCCCAGGAGAUCCUCACCCUCUCCAAGGACUUCAUCCUGAAGCCAGGACCCUCUUAUGAGCAGAGGUUUCUGGAGGGGGAUGUGCAGCUGCUCAAGGUUGGGAACACCACCUACAAGCUCCUCAUCGGGGGAGUGAAGCCAUCUGACCAGGGACAGCUGUACUGUGAGGCAGCUGAGUGGAUUGAGGAUCCUGAUGGCACAUGGAAGGACAUCUCCAGCAAGCAAACACAGAGGACUUCGCUGGCAGUCAUGAGCCAGGGCAGAGAUCUCCCCGUGGACAUCACUGCUGCUGAGCACUCCCUUGCUGAAGGGGACGCCUUGGAGCUCAGCUGCGUGGUGGGAGCCCCAAAGGACAGCAGCAGGCACUUCCAAGUGACUUGGCUCCUCAGUGGGAUGGAAGUGGCCGGGAUUGACCCCCAUGGGGUAUUGACUUGGGAGGAAGAAUUCGAGGAGAGAGCCAAGCUGGGACAGCUCCGAGCAUUCAAGCCAAGCAACACAGUUUAUGUUCUCACCAUCCCUGAGGUGGGGCUGAAGGACAAGGGUACCUACCAGUGCUCUGUGUCAGAAAUGAAGACUCCUGGAGACCUGCACAGCAUCCAGACCAAUGUGUCAUCAGGCUUACAAGUCAACGUGAAGCCAACAGAAAGCCAGAUGCGCCUGUCUGUGUCCACCAGCACUCCCCAGGUCGUGGUGGGAGACCCCCUGAUCCUGCACUGCGAGGUGCAGGGAGCCACCAGCCCCGUGUCCCUGCGCUGGUGGCACCUGCCACCGCAGCACCCGGGGCGCAGGGUGCUGGUGGCCACCAUGGAGCAGGAUGGCAGCCGGAGCCUGGGCAGCGCCUACCAGGAUGGGGGCACUCGGGGGAGCCUUCGGCUGGAGAAGGAGAGCUCUGGCACCUUCACCCUGGUGAUCCCCAGCACCCUGCACGAGGAUGAUGGCGGGCAGUACAGGUGUGAAGCCACGCAGUGGUCCCGAGGCCGGAACUGGACAGAGAAGGGGGAGGUGGCAGUGAUGGUCAGCCCCAUGGGUGAGUGUCUGCACGCCACGCUGAGGAGCAGAACUGCCACUGUCAGCUACGGGCAGAGUUUUGAGCUCUUCUGCCAAGUGGAUGCCAGCUACACCCUGCAGGAUGUGCCAGCAUCUGUGAGGUGGCUUUUCCAGCCCAGCCCUGCCACAGGUUCCUUACAAGAGCUGGUCCAGGUCUCUCCCAGUGGCACUGUGGUCUGGAGGACAGCACAGCCACACUUCCAGGGGAAAGCCCAGCUGGCAAAGACUGACACCUCCUUCAAGCUGCACGUCCACAGCGCCUUGCCUGCCAAUGAGGGGUCAUACCAGUGUGAGGUGCAGGUCUGGAGGAGGAACAUCCUGCCCCUGGGACAGCCAGCAGCCAACGCCAGCUCCAACGCUGUGGGAAUAAAAGUGGUGCUGCCAGAAAGCAAGCUUCAGGUUGCUACGAAAGACAGCUCCGUGGAAAUUGCCGGCGGUAACGUAGCCCUGGAGUGCAGGAUUGUGUUUGCCCAGAAUAAUUCACAGUUUGCUGUUACCUGGUACUUCCUGCCUCUUCUGGCAGAUGCAACACCCCUGCAAAUCAUCAGGGCCAGCUACAGCAGCAUACUGGAAUACAGGUCUGAAUUCAGCUCUCCUGCACAAAAGUCCCGGUUCCUGAGCCAGAGGGUGUCCAGCAGCGUAUUCCAGCUGCAGAUUCUGUCUGCAGCCCCCAGGGACGAGGGCAGGUACUACUGUGUGGUAGAGGAAUGGCUCUGGCUGGUGGAUGGAUGGUACAAGCUCGGAGAGGGAACGUCAGGAAGGACCACGCUGAAGUUCAGACCCACAGAGCACCAGCUGCAGAUGGAGAAAACCAACCACAGCAUCUCCGCGAGGGAGGGCGAGGAGGUGACGCUGCCCUGCCGGCUGCAGGAUGCCCUCCUGCCUGACACACAGCCCGCAGCCACCUGGUUCCAGGUGAAGAGCAAUGGCAGUGCCAGUGCCCUGCUGAUCCUGCACCAUGAUGGCACCAUGGAAUACCCGCAGGAGCGCCUGGCACCGAGGCUGUUCCUGCGCCGCGCCUCCGCCCGCGACUUCAGCCUGACAGUGAGCAGCGUGGAGAGGGGAGAUGCUGGGGCAUAUUACUGCCAGCUGCAGGGAUGGAGGCUGCAGAGUGAGGGGAAGGCUCUGCAAGCACUGGCACACUCAGGGUACACCCAGCUCAUCACCAUCCCUCCAGAGUCAACUGUUUUGUCUAGGAUCUGCUCAUCCCCACCACUGCUGAACUUCAUCUUAUACUUGCCACUGGUUCUGAUCCUUCUCCUGGCCCUUGCUGUGUUCUGCUGGUACUGCAAAUUCAGGAAAAACAAGAAGGGCAGCAUCACAGGAUGGAUGAUGGAACUGGAAGGGAAUGAAGAGGUCAAGAAAAUUUAGCUGUAGAGGCAGAUGUAACCUGGAGGAGCAGAGCUGGACAGCUGAGGACUGAGUCCUUGCAGAGGGACUUUUUAUUGUUUUGUGGUAGCUCUUGCAAUAAAUCCUUGAAAUUGUGGGUUUGCUUUUGAUGGAGCGAAGCAGCUUUGGAAUUACUGAGCAAAUAGGGUUUCCAAAACUAGUAUUUGUGUCUUUUAGGUUAGGUGCUCACUCAUUUCCUACUCUGU